GGGCUGAGGUCAUGACGGAGAAGGAGGGAGUUGAUAAGGCGGCAAAACAAUUGGUGGUUAUGUCUCGGUUCUUGGAACCUGGUUGGCAAGCUACUCUGGACAUGCUUGAGCAGGUUUCGGGGAUGACGCUCUGCGAACUGCCCUCUUUGUGGGGUUUUCAUUGUUGUGAGUGAUGCUUGAAGUUGUAAUAUUAGGGGUGUACGCUUUAUCAAGCUGGUGUUGGCGUGGAUGGGAUACCCCUAGUAGUUAAUAAUAAUAUCAAUUGUAUUAGAGUUGAUGUUUCUGCUACACUUUAUAUAGGGUAGAGUUGAUUUAAUGAGCAUGUUUAUAGAGGAAGACUUUAGGUCAAGUUCAUUUAGG